AUGAGGAAGACGUGCCAGGUGUGCAAGCAGAAGCUGUAUCAGUAUGUGUGUCCCUCCUGCGAAAUCGUCUACUGCAGUCUCGAGUGCUACAAAAAGCACAAUGACAAGUGCGUGCACAAUUUUCUGGACAACCAAGUGAAGGAGAAUAUAAAAAAUAAUCAGCUGACCGAUUUUGAAAAACGGGAAUUCAAGUUCAAGCUGAGGAAGUUUUACGACCAAGGGGGGGCAAACGCAGAAGAGGAAGAAGACGAAGACGAACAAGAUGAGGAAUUCGCUGAUGGGGAGGAAGCUGGAACCCCUGAUGAGGAGGAAGAGGGAGCGGCUGAUGAGGGGGCCCCAGGAAAGGCAAAUCAAGACGAAGCAGGGAUAGAUGCGCCUACCACCACAACACCCCAUGGACACCUGAAAAAAUGGUGCAUUAGCAACAAACGGUACAAGGUGCUGACGGAGCUGGCCAAAAGCGACCAGCUGAAGUUGGACGACCUGACACAAACGGAGCAGAAGCAGUUCUUCUCAUUCCUAAAGAGUAACGACAUGAAUGCAUAUUUGGCAAAGUUCGAACCGUGGUGGUUAAACUGUGUAAUAAAAAAGGUCCAAACACCUGAACACAUAUGCUGCAAUAAACAGGUUAGUGAAAAUGUGAAGUUCAUGGUAGUAGAGAUUGUCUACUCGUACUGCUAUUUACUACGUAUUUUUAAUGAAAGCUUGGACAGUAAAGAACUAUGCUACUGUUUUCUUUAUAUGGCUAGCUCUUUGAACAGAUUUAAUCUGCCAGAAAAUAACGUUUACAACACAGUGAAUAAUUUAUUUCAAAGGAUUUUGGAAAAUGAUGAAAUCGCUCGAGAGAAACGUAUCCUAUACAACGUCGUGACGGAUGUUACCACUAUCCUAAAGCUAAAGGAUCUCUUACUUAGAUGUUUGUAUGAAACAAAAAAAUUUUUUAAAAAGCAAAUAAAAAAAAUAAAUUGCAAAAGGGAUAAAAUGGCUAGUAGUCUCAAUGGCGUUAAAAAAAUGGCGGCACUUUUACAGGAAGAAAAGGUUUUUAAAUAUGUCAAUAAAAAAAUUACCUUUCUUUGUAGCUACGCUAAUUACCAUUAUGAUAUGUUUGACUCCGUAACAAAACAACUGGACAAAUUCUACAGUGAGCAGUGCAGGGGUAUGUCUCUUGCGUCUAAUGAGAAACGAGAAAUUGUACUCUCCAAGGAGAUACCCUAA